AUGAUAAAGGUUCACCCUGAGGCACCACUCUCCUCCCCUGCCGAAUACUUUACUUCGAAACAAGAAACAUUCACCAUAUGGAUGAAGUCACUCAUACUGAAUGGCAAUGGCUGCACGGUCUUUGAUUCGAAUGGCAAAAUUGUGUAUCGGGUAGAUAACUAUGACUGCAAAUGUAGAGGAGAAGUUUAUCUUAUGGAUCUGAAAGGAAAAACCUUAUUCACCAUACAAAGAAAGAAAUUCAAUUUGCUUGGCGUUUGGGAGGGCUACAGAUCUACAGAUAAAGAGAUGAACCCAAAAAAGCCUGGAUUUCAAGUAAAAAAAAGUUAUAGGUUGUGUAGAGGAAGGUCGCAGUGUAAGGUUGUUGUAGGGCUAGACAAGAACCAACCACACCAAUACAGAAUAGAAAGCUUGAGCAGCAAGUCAUCCUACAAGAUACUUGACAAGUUUGGAAGACCAGUUGCAGAGGUAAAGAGGAAACAAUCAACAUGUGGAGUGGUUCUGGGAGAAGAUGUUUUGACAAUGGUAGUAGAGCCGUUCAUAGAUCAUAGUCUCAUCGUAGGGCUUCUUGUUGUGUGUGGCCUCAUCAACCGUAAAAUGUGAAAGUGUGGAAGCAAGUUAACGACAAAGUCAAGUCAAAUC